CCGUAAACUUCCGGUUACAAUCUGAGAAGAAGGGAUUGACAUACGGAUGAGCUGUUUAAUGAUACCCGUCGAGGCAGGAUCAUAAUGUCGCGACCUUCUACAUCGAAAAAGCCGGUCAAUCCUCAUGAAACGAUUGAACGCAUGCUUAACAAAACUACCCUAUCUACACAGAGAGUCGCACACCGGCAAAUAGUUGAACUUGGUGACUACCUUCUAAACAAUCGGGCAGACGAUUCUAAGGAGGAGAGGGAGCGGGAAUUACAGCAGGCCGUUGAUGCUGCUGAGGCAAGGGCCACACGGGAGCUCCGUGCUGCCGUAAAAAGGUUGCGCAGUGCUAAGGAUGAGGAGAAACGCAAGGCGCUGCAGCUGCAGCAGGAUUAUUAUGAAAGACUUGCGAAGAGGAUUGAAGAACAGAGAGAUGCAGCUGAGGAGGAAAGACAGCGAGAGUUGACCAAACAGCUGGAUGGGGAGAAAGAAGAAGCCCUAAGACAACAGUGGGAGGAAUGCGAGCGACUAAAGGAGAUAGCCAUACAAGAGGCUUGUCAGGCGCUCACCAGGAAGCUCCGACUGGACUUCACACUGGAGAAGGAACGUGCCAUAGCUACUGCCCUAAGGGAACAGAAGGAAAGAUUCCUAAAGAGAGAACAGGAAACAAUAGCAAGAACAAUAAGAGACUGCGAGGAGUUGGCACGGAAGGAAGCACUUAGAGUGUCAAAAAUACACCAGGAUGAAGUCAAUCGUUUGAACCACAAGUAUGAUGGUCUGGAGAAGAAGUACCUGAAGGAAUUGGACCAUAAAAACAGACUGGAGAAGGAUUUCAGGGCACUUCAAGAUGACUACCGUCGAUUCAUGAACUACACAGACGGAAAAUUCCAUUCGGACUACCUGAUAAAGCUGCGGUACACAGGUAUGCAACUAGCUCACAAACGGAUCAGUGAGGUCUCAUACCAAAGCAUUGAAGAUCUAUUUGAACCAAGACAGCACUGAUGGACCUUGGUGAAUGAACUAUAUUAUCACUCCUUUGUGAUCAGGACACUAUACUCAAUUUAAGGAGAUUGAGAAUACCAAGUGAGGAUACCCAGAAGCCUUUGGAAGGAGAAUAUGGAGAUCGUUGGGAAUGCCAACUGUGAUAUUGUGUGCAGUCAGUACACACAGAUCUGAUAGGAGCUUAGCCACAUAGAUAUUCCUUACCUAUUACUGUUAAAUGUAUGAUAUUACCACAUUAUAUUACCUGGGAUAAACCUGUCAGCCUUAGCAAUAAGCAUCAAUGAACCCUGCAUCUAUCAGGAAUCCAAAUCCAAAUAUUUUCACAUAUAAAUAUUAUACUUUAUAUUUCAAAUUUCAGGGGUUUUGUUAUUUUCAGUUUCAUACAAACAAUUCAAGUUUUAUAGUAAUAUUUUGAUAACUAAUAAAUAUUCAUAGAAUAGAACUGAAGGCUAAUUACCAAACUUAGGGAGGGGAUAAAAUCUGGGACUUAUUACCUAAUUCAAUAAAAAAUGGUUUUUUUUUAGCCCUACUCAAAUUUAAGAUUUUCAUUAAAAAGUAGGUGGGCUAAAUUAUCAUACAGAUUAUAUCCUCACAGUUAACCACAGGUUUACUGAUAGUCAUAGAACUACUGAAAAUUGAACAGUUUAUAUAUGUCUGUAGUCUGUUGUGACGAAGACUAAAUACAGGAGUUUAAAUAUAUAUAUUGAUUUAAACCUGUGUAAUGAAGAGAAGUUCAUGCAUUGUUAAGUUGUAAAAGUGCUGAAUUAGUUAUUCUCAAAAUCUACUCUAAAUUUUGAUAGCCUUCAAUAAAAUGGGUUUAUUUCCAAGAUAGACAUAUAUUGAUGACUUAGUAAAAGUUUUGGUAUUUUAAAUAUCUUGUGAGGGUGAUUCCAGAAAGGAUUUGUGACCCCCUCUGUCCACCUCUGUAUAAUUUGUGUCUAUACCAAGGCCUGUAAAUGGUAUUCUUACUCUAUUUUAACCUCUGCAUAAACUCCUGUUUAAAGAGAUGUGAUUUCACUUUCUCAUAUACAGUACAUUGUUGUAUACAAGCGUCAGUAUAUAGGCGGCCUGAUGAUAAAGACACACGGUUCAUCUUUCUAAAUGUCUAUGUAUACAGGUUUUACUGUAUAUCUGUCGGCUACAGCUAGGGCUCGGUACACAUGGCUCAGUAUACAGAUUAAGUGUACACAUAUACAUGUUUAUAUUUUUACAUCAACAAGAAACAUUAAACCAGCUUUAGUAGUUUUAGUAAAGUGCCUGAUAUUAUGUAUUUAUUGCACUGCUCUGCACAAUGUGUACUUAGUGCUAUGUUCACAGUUUUGUAUACAAUAGUAUUGAGAUUUCCUAGUUAAAUUUGUAAAGCAAACUAGUCACUGCAUGUAUUGUAUUAGAAGCAUUCAGCUUGUAAAUCCUAAGCAGCUGAUUUAUUCGCCCCUAGUGCACACUCUCAAUAUACC